AUGGCUAAACCGAAGAAGGCGUCCAAGUCCUCCAAGGAGGCCGCGGCACCAGCAACUAGCCAGCCAGCCCUCUCCGUGUCUUGGCCUGCCUUCAAGCCCGAAUUGCCCGUGGUCGAUUUGGACAUCCAGCUCCACCCAGCCACACCCAAAAUCGCACUCAUCUCCUCCUUCUUCCCCCGGUCCCUGUGUCGGGAAUAUGUUGCCUUUCUCAAGACACUGCCUUUACAAACGACACCCUCGCGCCCCAAGCGUGGCGAGGCAGUGCGCGUCAACGAUCGCUUCCAGAUAGACGAUCCCACCCUCGCCGCCCGGCUGUGGGAAAGCACGGGGCUGAGAGAGGCCAUCUUGGAAAAUCAGGAUCUUAAACACCUCUGGGGCGGCGAACCAGUUGGUCUGAAUCCCAACAUACGUGUAUACCGCUAUACCAAAGGUCAAUAUUUCGAUUGUCACUAUGACGACUCCAACACCCUGAUUCUUCCCUCCCAGCCGCCCAUCCCAGUCAAGACGACUUGGACGUGCCUGCUCUACCUGACCUCUUCCGUCGAAGGUUGUGUAGGUGGGGAGACCGUCUUCUACCCCCAUGAUAGGAAAUCAGCCGCUGAAGAGAUUGCGGUACCGCUCGAGACUGGCGCCCUGUUGUUACACAAGCAUGGUAACGAUUGUCUAUUGCAUGAGGGCCGAGAAGUGCUCGAUGGAGAGAAAUGGAUACUCCGCACUGACCUUUGCAUCAAAAGAUGA